AUGGCCACGAAUGGUUCUUUACGGUUCUCCCUGGCGGAACGGCCCGUAAUUUUAGCAGCGCUCGAGGAGUUCACGAAUGCGUUGACCAUUUACCACGGAACGCUGAGAAAGCCCACAAAACACGAUAACGAUAUUCUUGUCGACUGUUUACCUUUUGAUGACUUGAAAGCAAUGAAUCCCAAAAUGGAAAUUAUGGAAAUCGACGAUGUUAAAGAACGAGACAUUUCGAAGAAAAUUCACGAAAAUAGUUUAUACGUGAAAAGAAUCAUGGAGGAGUUGAAAAUAGAAAUACGAGAACGAGGGACGUUCGAAUUAUUAACCGAAGAGAUCGAAAAGAUCGUGACACGCGAGAAAGAAGAGGAGUGUUUUUUCAAAGAGGAAGAGAAAUUGAGAAAAAGUACAGCAAAAUUGCAAAGGAUAAUCGAUGAGAGAAAGAUUGUUAACGAGCAGGAGAAAAUACGAAUGUUGAACGAGCUUUCAAAGGAACAGGAUAACGUGGAAAAAUUAAAAUUAAUCUCGAAUAUGGAGUUGGAUUAUGUUACGGAAUGGGAGAAAGCAAGAUACGAGCAGAAUUCAUUGCGUUGCAACAUGGAAGUAAAAAAAUUGGAGAAGAUGUUAAAAGAUCAGCGCGUACGUGAAAAAAAUGAACGGCGAGUUCACGCCGAAUUAACAAAAUUUCUGACCCAGGAAACAGCAUUACUAGAGAAAAAAAACAAGGAAUGGAAAGAGCGAUAUAUUCAAGAAAAAAAGAUCUACGAGAAGGAGAUCCAACAGCUACGAAUUGAAAUAAAAAUAAUUCAAAAAGAGAUGGAUAAACUUAAAGAAGAGUAUCGAUGUAAUCAAAAGUUCAUAAACACGUAUCUGGCGGAAAAGGAGGCAUUGAAAAAGGAGAAGGAGCGAUGGAAACGCAUGCAAAAAAGCGCAAUCAAGAUUCAAGCUUGGUGGCGAGGCGUUAUGGUGCGCCGGAAGUUGGGACCAUAUCGACUUGCGGAAAAAAAGAAAAAACGAUCAACUAAAACAAAGAAGUAA